CUACACUCAAUCCGCAGCCGCGCCUCCAGCAGUUCAGCCGCGCCGCCAGCAAUCCAGCCACGCUUGGCCGCCUCCCAACGCACCGACCGUCGCCCGGCCUCCCCCUUCCUAGCCUGCGACUCACCAAUUCCCGGAUCUCUGUUGAGCCACAUCUCAGCUUUGAAACCAGUGACCGUAAACACAACAGGAAGCAGAAUGCGAGGGCAUUUGAGGUUUCAGCUAGCCCACUUUUUUUAGGGGGUAGACAACCGGUUAUCUGCGUGCCAUGCAUGAAGAAAGGUAUAACUUUUUUUUGUUGAAAUUCAGUGUUUUUCAAGUUGAGGUAUAUACGGAGUAGUAUACGUGAUAAAUACGGAGUAAAAUUUAGAAAAAUCUGGUUCAUAUUGUGUUCCAUGCUACUACUUUUUUCAAAAAGAACAAACUUACAUUUGUAGUUUCAUGUCAGUUUUAUUGCCAGUAGUGCAUCUUGAUGUUAACGUGGACAACAUUUUCAGGAAGGUCCAUGCUACUGUGGACAGGAUACAAGUCAGAAUUAACAAUGCAAAAACCAGACGAGAUGGAGUUUUACAAAGCACCUUCAAUUCGUAUGAAUGCAACUUCAGUUUGUAUAGCACUAAACAUGUACGUGUUAUUGAUCGAACCAUCAAUAUGGGAACAAUAAACAGUAAUGACGUCUCUGAGAAGUUCGGGUGUAAAGUAACGAUCACGGUAGCAACCAAUAGUAUGAGAAGUUACAAGAUAAUCGAUCUGUUGGUUCUUCAAAUGGGGUGUAACGUGUACGGAUAUAUUGUAAUUGUUGUUGGGAAAUGUAGCAUUACAUAGGGUAUGCUUAGGUUUUGGCGGUAGGUGGGUAUAAAGGGUGAAUACUGGUUGGGCUGGGCUCAUAAAAUAAAUGAAUAUGACUCUCCGAAGUAAUUGCAAAUAAACUACGGAAGAAUAAGUUCAUUUUUUUUCAAGUGUGUAUAUUAUGUAUCUAGAAUGAUGGGGUGAAUCUAAUUAUAUACUCCGUAUUAAUGAUAAAGGUGAUUACAAUUUUAGUUUCAUGACUUUCCGAUGAUUACC